UAGCGAAGAGAGGUUAGGGGGGGGGGGGUAGCAGAAGACAUUUCCUAAUUGAUCGAUAUCGCCCCACCAGCACGUCGGACAGCUCAGGAGUGGGCCCUCGUAAUUCCGUUGACUUCGACAACAAGCCGUGUUGACUAUAUUCAAAAACUCGGCCGUUCGAAGUUUUGCAUAUUUGAUGCUAUUUGAAGCUGUCGAUUCCAACGUUCAUACUUUACACGAGUGAAUUUCACGCUCAACCCGAGUCAAGAUUUCUACUAAUUAUAACGCAUCUACUAAUUAUACCGCAUGAAACAUGUCCGGAAUCGUUAACGAGGAAACAAAAGCAGCGGAGCUAGAAUCGCAAGAGCAAAUAAACGACGACGAUCUGUCUCGCCUCGUCGAUAACUUCUCGUCCGCGUGUUUGGCACAUAACAACAAUAAAGCCGCCGGUGAAAUGAUAUACCUCUUUUGCGCGACCAAAGGCAAAUCCAUAAAGGUUCACAAGUGCCUAUUCGCGCACAAAAGUUCAGUAUUCGCCGACAUGUUCGUCAGCGCCGAGAUGAUGGAACAGGACGUCGUGGCGAUCCCCGACACGGAAUACAACGUCCUCGAGGAAAUGGUCCGUUACGUUUACACGGGUAAGGUCCGAGACAUCGAUGCAUUAGCUUGCCAGCUGGCAGUCGUAGCGGACACCUACGCACUCGAUGGACUGAAGACCAUGUGCGAGAUGAGGAUGAGUAAAAAUUUCAACCUCGACAAUGUUAUCGUUCGUCUCGAGCUUGCCGAAAAACUCCGAAUGCCUCCGGUCAUGGAGAAGGCGAUGACAUUCGUUGUUGCCAACGCGGUCAACGUCAGUGCCAAGCCAGAGUUCCAGAAGUUGUCUGGGCAUAUUUUGAGUCAACUCUUUAGCAAGUUAGCAAACCACUUUUAGUUUUAAUUAUAUUUCUUAGGUUUAUUUUGGAAUUUUUUUUUUUCUUCUAACUACCGAAUAAAAGUAUAAUACGUUUGUCGUGUAUAAA